AUGCAAGUUUGGUUCUAUUUUUUUCAGGCUCUGGUCAGAAAAAUCCUGAUUUUUUGUCAACUUCUCCCUUUAAUGAGGACCAUAAAUCUCAAGUUUUUUCCAUGUGAUACUGAUGAGAAUGGCACAUUUGUCGAUUGCAAAGCCAGACCACUAACCAGUAUCCCCUCCAUCAAGGCUGAUUCCGUAGGAUCAAUCGAUUUGAGUCAGACUGAUAUAGAGCGAGUGCAGGAGCAUGCUUUUGAUGGUCUGCCUAACCUACACACCAUUAAAAUUAUGGAAAAUUGCCAACCGGGUAAACUGAGAGCCCUGAACAACCGCCAAUGCAAAAUGGUGAUCAACGAAAAUGCGUUCAAGAGCCUUCAAAAGCUAAAAUAUCUCUAUCUGUCAGGAAACAGCCUCACCUCCAUACCACGGUUGCCUGAAAGCCUCAAGGUGCUUGAUCUGCAGAACAAUUGCAUCUUCAAUAUGAGCCAUCCCUUAGGCACUCCAGAUCUGGAAUCGCUCCUUCUCUCAUAUAACUGUUUUUAUGCGAACCCCUGUAACCAGUCCUUUUACAUCAGUGAGGAGGUUUUCAGAAAGCUGCCAAAACUCAAAGUUCUGUUGUUAGCUUACAAUAAUUUAACGGCUGUCCCAAAUGGACUGCCACCUUCCCUGGAGCGCCUGAAUUUAGGAGAUAAUACAAUCACGGAGAUUGUAGAAAGAGCAUUUUCCAACCUGACUCACCUCAAGCAUUUGAACUUGGAAUGGAACUGCCAACGUUGUGACCAUGCAGCAAGACCUUGCUUCCCGUGCCCAAAAAAUCUCCCCCUAUUGCUUCAUCCAAACUCAUUGUUUGCAGCGAACAGCUCUCUCUCUUACCUGAACCUGAGGGGCAACUCUCUGAGAACAUUCCCACAGGGGCUUUUCACACCUUUAGUCCGUUUAAAGAGAUUGGACAUCUCUGACAACCUCCUGGCAUGUGCAAUUCAGAAUGGGACCUUCUUUGGAGAGCUCAAGGGUCUCUUAUGGAUCAGUCUUAUUUAUAACUAUGAGCCAUUCGUCACGUUUGAGGAACUGAUUCUUUCCCCACAUAUUAGCAAGAUGUCGAGUCUCCAAAAAAUUCUUUUGACCGGUAAUUUCUUUCGCACCCUUUCAAAAGAGAGCCUCAAAGUCCUGUCUGAACUUCGAAAUCUGACCAAAAUUGAAUUGAGAAUGAAUUUUAUUAAUUCUUCAGACUUGAUUUUUGUCAAAGAAUUCCAUUCUCUGAUAUUUAUUGACCUUUCUCAAAACAUGCUUACUUUCCUGCCAAACUGUUCAAAUUCCUCAUCUCAGCUUGUGACACAGGGAAGCUGUCAAACCCAAAACUUGUAUUCAGGAAGUUACCAUGACCAGCCACUUAUUUUCAGAGAACGAGAAGUGUCACUAGAAAGGGACGUCUGGGAAUCCAACCAAUCAGAUGCCCUACAAGAACUGGAGGACAAUAUGUCAGACAUUCCUGCUGAUGUUUGCAAUGGAUCUUCUGUGUGUACACUGUGGGACUUCAGAAAUCAGUUUUGCCAAAAUGAGCUGACGUUGGACCUCUCUCAAAAUGGUAUUCUUUCCCUUAACAAAGACAUGUUUUUAAACAUGGAAAAUGUUGUUUGUUUGGACCUUUCUUUUAAUUACAUGAACCAGGCAAUGAAGGGAGGGCUGUUUAUUAACCUGAAGAAAGUGAUAUUUCUUAACUUGGCAUAUAACAGGCUUGAUUUGUAUUUUAGGGAAGCGUUCAGUGAACUCAGAUCCACUCUGAAGGUUUUGGACAUCAGCAACAACGAAUUUCAUUUCAAAAUGUGGGGUAUGGGCCAUCGUUUUGAGUUCCUUCAGAAUCUGAUCAACUUGGAAGUCCUCAGUCUGGCGAACAAUGGCAUCGGGAUGAGAGUAGAUCAACGAUUAAUCAGCAACUCACUGAAGUACCUCUACUUCAGUGGAAAUCAUCUCGACAUAUUGUGGCAGUCUGAAAACAAGUACACUCAUUUCUUCCAAAACCUGACAAACCUCAUUUACCUGGACAUCUCCAACAAUCACCUGAAGUCUGUCUCUCCUGAAGUGCUGAGUAACCUCCCAAGAAGCCUGGAAGUCCUCAGGAUCAGUGACAAUAUGCUGGAUUAUUUUCCAUGGCACAACAUCUCGGCACUCGGCAGUCUGUGUCAUCUGAACUUGAGUCAAAACUUUCUCUAUUUUUUGCCUCCGAAUGGAACAGAAUUUGGAGCCAAUUUUUCUGUCCUGGACCUCAGUCACAACCACAUCCAUUUAAUUCCUGAGGAUUUCUUCAGUAAGGCAGAUGCCUUGCAAUUUCUGUACCUCAGCCACAACCAGAUCAAGGAGUUGAAUCAUCAUUUUCUCCCUGCCCUUUUUAAAAAUGGCAGCAGUCUUGUGAAUCUCACCCUGCAUGCCAACCCCUUCAAAUGUGACUGUGACACUUCAUGGUUUGCUGACUUCCUUGGUACCACACCGAUAAAAAUCCCUUAUUUGACCACUCAUGUGCAUUGUGAGUUUCCCGAGUCUCAGCAGGGUCAUAGCAUCCUGUCUAUUGACCAGCGUUCCUGCCAGGACAUUUAUGGCAGCUCAGCCUUCCUCAUCUGCUCCUUCUUGACUGUGAUGUUCACUGUUCUUCCUCUGUUGAAGCACCUCUAUGGCUGGGAUAUGUGGUAUUGCAUGCAGGUGCUGUGGGCAGGACACAAAGGCUACUCCCAGCUGGGGGGUUUGAAUUCAAAAUACCUUUAUGAUGCCUUUGUGGUGUUUGACACAAACAACCAGGCUGUGAGGGACUGGGUUUACAAUGAGUUAACCGUUCAUCUGGAGAACUGUGGCCACAGGAGAUUCUGUCUCUGCUUGGAGGAAAGAGACUGGAUCCCCGGACUUUCCCGCAUUGACAAUCUCCACAAUGCCGUCCACAACAGUCUGAAGACUGUGUUUGUGCUGUCAAGAGGCACUAAUGGAAGUGAAGCGGUGCCUGGCGUGAUUCACCAGGCCUUUUUCAUGGUUCAGCAAAGGCUUCUGGAUGAGAAGGUAGAUGCAGCCGUGCUGAUCCUGUUGGAUGAGAUGUUUCCCAAACUGAAGUAUCUCCAGCUGAGGAAGAGGCUGUGCAAAAAGUCUGUGCUGUCCUGGCCAAGAAAUCCAAGGGCUCAGCCACUGUUCUGGAAUGAAAUGAGGAUGGCACUCUCAUCAGAUAACAUCAAAUUUUAUGACAAUAAGAUGAGUGAAGGUUUUAUUUACUCAUUUUAACAGCGGGGGGAUAUUAAUAUGUGUUCUUUAUCCUUUUUUGGCACACUUACCCUUUGACUGAUGACAUCACCACAUUCAGUAAUGCAUUGAAAUGUGUAUUAUGCAAUCUUUUACUCUUUGAUAAGAGCAUCAAUAUUUUUGUUGCUAUUCUCCUUUUAUCAUACAAUUUGUAUUGCCAUUCUUUGUUAUUGCAGAUACAUUUCUUCUGAUAAAAUGUGGACUAUAAUUGAUCCUUUCCAGUUAAUUGCUGUGAUGAUUUUGCUGAUGAUGUUGAACCAUAAAAAUAAACUUUACUUGAUUUCUCUGGAGUAACUUAACAGCAUAAUUGUUAUAGGGAAGUAGGUUCACUACAAAGCAAGGCCUC